GACGUCCUGAUUACUGCAAAAGAGGAAAAAGGUUGUCGUUCGACAUUCGUUUCAAGUUUAGACCCGUGGACGGCUGUGGAUUUUAAAACUGGACUGAAAAACACAAAUCAUCAAAGCUGAAGCAUCUGAUCUUGCGCUUUGUGGAUAUCGGAGCUCGAAAACAAGAUCUAAGUUUCGAAAUGAGUGAGUUGCGUCAUCGUGGUUAAUUUAGCCUCUGAAGCUAACGUUAGCUAGCUUAAGCGUUAAAGCUAGCAGCAUUUUCCUCGCUCACCCAUCGAAAUAAGACUCUGUAAGCUUUUCAACUUUCACUCGCUCACUCGUUUGGACCUUAUAGUUGUAACCAGCGAUGGGUUCUUCUAAAAAACACAAGGAAAAGAGCCGCGAUAAGGACGCAGAGGAUCGUCGUCGCGAACAUAAGAAACAUCGUCACAAGGAGAGAGAAAGAGAUGUGUCAGACCGGGAUAAAGACAGACGAAAGCGCUCCAGAUCCAGAGAAAAGAGCAGGCGGGAGAGCCACAACAAGACCGAAAGAGGCGCCGGGGAGCCCCGAGUGAAGAGGGAGAAGGUUGACCCUGGUUAUGAGGAGAGCGGCGCGGAGAUCCAGCCACAGAGCAAUAGCGGAGAUGCCUCCCUCAGCAUCGAGGAAACAAACAAACUGCGCGCUAAGCUGGGCCUGAAGCCUCUGGAGCUGAACGAGGGCAAGAAGGAGCUGGGGACCAAGGAGGCGCCGAUGGUGGCGGAGACCAUCAACCCCGUUCUGAUCCGACAGCAGAAGGAGAUGCGAGAGAAGCUCGCCGCUAUGAAAGAAAAGCGCUUACUCAAUCAAAAACUGGGUAAAGUCAAAGCGAUCGGCGACGAUGACUGGCUGGACGACACGGCCGGUUGGGUGGAGAGAAGCAGGAAACUGGCCAAAGAGAAGGAGAUGGCAGAGAAGAGAGCCAAGCUCCUGGAAGAGAUGGAUGAAGAGUUUGGAGUCAGCAGCCUGGUGGAGGAGGAGUUUGUCCAAAGCAAGCUGGACUCUUAUUCAUCACAAGAUCUGAAGGGUCUCAAAGUGCAGCACAAGGUGGACUCCUUCACCGAGGGCCAGACCGUUGUCCUGACCCUGCAGGACAAAGGUGUGCUGGAAGAGGAGGAAGAUGUGCUGGUAAACGUGGGACUGGUAGACAAGGAGAAAGCUGAAAAAAAUGUGGAGCUGAAGAAAAAGAAACCCGACUAUAAGCCCUAUGAGGAAGAGGAGAGUGUGGAUGACAUGGUCACCUUCAAGCAGCACACUGUGCUCUCAAAGUACGAUGAAGAAAUUGAAGGCGAGAAGAAAAAGAGCUUCCGGUUGGGCAGCUGGGGCUUCGCGGAUGGGGAGCGAGAGCGCGAGCUUCAGGCGAUGAAAGAAACGCUGCGGAAUCAGGCUCAGUCCCUGGAGAUGCCCGCUCUCACCAUCGCCUCCGAGUACUACACGCCUCAGGAGAUGGUCGGCUUCAAGAAGACGAAGCGCAAAGUCAAAAAGAUCAGGAAGAAAGAGAAGGUGACGAUCGCAGACGAACUUCUGGACGACACCCGCACCUCUGACUUCGGCUCGAGGGCGCGAGGCAGAGGCCGCAAACAGGCGGAGGAGGAGCAACAGGAGAGCGAAGAGAAAGUUAAAGAUGGUGGCAACUGGCCGCACGAACUGCCCAAAAUGUCAGACGACAUCAGGACAGCAGAAAUGGAUAUAAGCGACGAAGAUGAUUAUGUUCCUCCUGAGCCGGCUGUGAUUGAAGAGGAUGAGGCGGAGCAGGAGCUCCAGAAACAGCUGGAGAAGCAGAGGAAGCUGAGGCAGAAGCAGCUCCUCAAAGACUCUGGGGAGAAGGUGGCGGCACAGAUCAAAGUCCUGGCUAAAAGCGAUGACGACCAUGAUCCCGAGAAGAAGAACAACAUCGUCUUCAACGCCACCUCGGAGUUCUGCAGAACUCUGGGGGACAUUCCUACGUACGGACUGUCUGGAAACCGGGAGGACCAGGAGGACAUCAUGGACUUUGAGCACAAAGAAGAGAAAGAUGAAGGCGGAGGUUCAGAUUCUGAAAUUGACGAGAACAUCGGAUGGAGCACCGUUAACUUGGACGAAGAGCAGCAACAGGCGGACUUCUCCACGGCCUCGGCCACCAUUCUGGACGAGGAGCCCAUCGUUAACUCCGGCCUCGCGGCUGCAUUGAAGCUGUGCACCAACAAAGGCCUGCUGGACACUCAGAUGCAGAAGGUGGCCCGCGUCAAGGCAACGAAGGGGGCCCUUCCCAACGACAACUAUUGCAUCGAGGACAAGAUGGGCUUCGACGACAAGUACAGCCGCAGAGAAGAGUACAGAGGCUUCACGCAGGAAUUCAAGGAGAAGGACAGCUACAAGCCCGACGUCAAGAUCGAGUACGUAGAUGAGUCCGGGCGGAAGCUCACGCCAAAGGAAGCUUUCAGACAGCUGUCGCACCGAUUCCACGGGAAAGGUUCUGGAAAGAUGAAGACAGAGAAGAGGAUGAAGAAGCUGGAGGAAGAGGCGCUGCUGAAGAAGAUGAGCAGCAGCGAUACUCCUCUCGGGACGGUGGCUUUGCUCCAAGAGAAGCAGAAAUCUCAGAAAACCCCAUACAUAGUACUUAGUGGGAGCGGGAAGAGCAUGAAUGCAAACAACAUCACUAAAUAACUUCCUGGUCCGAUGUGUAGCAUAGAAACACACAGACAUGUGCAGAGAUCUUCUUAGAUAAUCCUUUGAUUUUUUUUUCCUGUUUUUUUUUUUUUUGGUUGAUUUUUUUUUGUCCUAGCUGGUGAAAAAAAAAAGUGAUUAUAAAAAUGUUGAAUAAAAUCAGUGCAACUAUGAGAGUUUUAUUUGUGUUGUGAAUAUUUUCAGUUGCAAAUUACAGUCAGUGUCAAGAUUUUGAACUUGGAUGUAGAAAAGAGAAAGAUGAAUCUAAAAUCCUGAACAUGUUUUGAAAUAAAAAUGAUUAAAAAAAAAUGGGUUUAAUUUACUUUAUGGAGCUUAUCUGACGUGUAACUGGAUAAAAUAUGAAGACUGUUAAUACUGUUGUACUGAACAGCUCAGUUGACAUAAAGUACAAAGAAUUUAUGAACUGUUUGGUUCUAUAUUAAAUAA